AGUUGGGGACAGUGAGCAGUUUGAACCGUAUCUGAGCCGAGGCGGAAACACACAAAUCCGGCAGAUUGUUUAGAGACAGCGCGAAAUUAAACGGUUUGUUCUCCCCGUUCGGUAAAAUUGUGUGUUUACUCAGCUCUUAGCGGGGGGAACCGAAGCUGUUUCCGUUCGCCGCCUGCCGGAGAGGUAAAGCCGGUCUCGCGCACUGUGAAGCUAACCGCUAGUUAGCCGUUGGGCUAACGUUAGAGCUAGCCGGAACACAGAGGCAGCUAAUCCCCAACACAAAGGACGAGUUUGCCAGUGUUCUCCGUACCGAGCCAGGAUCACCCCGGUGAAUGAGGACUGAUCCCCCUGUACAGGUGAGGGAGGCUGUCACGGCUGUUGUAUUGACACAUAAGGUCCUGGUGGAGGGGGUUCAAAUGGCCCCCCGGGUUUGUUCUUGGUGCUUUGUGGUGCCUCAAUCUUUGUGAACUAAACCAACUGUUAGCUAGCUCGCCGGGGGUGUCGUGCCAAAAUUAGUAUCCCUGUCAAAAUGGAUCUCCCUCUGAAAAAAAAAGAUGGCAACUUUCCAGCGUAGUUUAUGGAAAUAAAACUGUUCUGUCAGCGUGUAAACAAGAUAUUCGACACGUUAUGAUACACAGAAAGGGUUUAUGAGCGGAGGAGGAGGGGGGCACCGUUGGAGGGGAAACAAACUUGGCUCGACAUCGCGGAGCUACCGUUAGCUUAGAGCGUGUCUGUCAAUGAAGUCAAGAGUUAAUGAGACAAAACUAUCAAUGACCUCUAGAAACAUGUUUUUGAUAAUAAUGAUAGAAAUAUAACACCAGCUAAAUACUCCUUAGAGUGACUGAAGUGUUUAGUAAUAACAUCUAUUUGUGUAAAGAUCAGUGUCUAUAACGUGUUUAUUUUUAGAAGGAUGGAGACGGAUCACAACAGCAGGUUAUUACAAAACUACAAACAAAUAUACACACUAUAAACAAUCUUGGAAGCUACAAGAAGAAUGAAGUUCUGCACAUCAGUAACAUUACAUUCAGAGACCUAGUACACUUUACAAAAAGCACUGAGAGAUAGGGCUGGGCGAUAAAAUGAUAACGAUAUAUAUCAAAUAUUAAUUUCUCUAUAAUAUCAGGGUUUCCCCUACAUGCAAUUGAUCGUCGCGCACUGCCACAGCUAAAAAAAAAGCUGUCUCACCUAAAAAAAAAUUGUUUUUAUCUAACAAAGUUCUACCUCGGACUCGUAUGUAUCAGCAGUGUUUCUCCUACAUUCAUUCUGUAGCGGCGCUACUAAAUUACGUGCGCCGCUACUGAAAUUUCACAUGAUCAUUAAUAUCUACUCGCACUUUGUGAGCACAACAACACACAACGUUAUUUCAGAUGAAUCCUGUCAGACCCUCUUCUCUCAACGUGAAAGGUAACGUUCAAGCCUAUACACGAUCUACAUAGCGAGUAACAUUAAUAGCAUUAGUAGCAUUAAUAUCAAUGCGGCACUAAUGAUUUCUACUCGAGCUGUGUGAGCACAACAACACAGGACGUUAUUUUCGACUUGUUUUGAGUCAUUAACUGUCAGACCCUCUUCCCCUAAUGUGAAGGGUAACGUUCAAGCUGACACACGGUCUGUAUAGCGAGUAGCGUGUGUAACAUAGUGUGAAUGUAACAGAACCUUGUCUAUAAAGGCGUGUCUGUUAGUUUGGUCUCCUUUGGUAGGCUGUUAUAGAGUCUGGGGGCUCUGACAGGAAGGUUACCUUUAGCCACAAACAAACGGCUGCUGGAAGAGAGUAGGUGAGUUGUGUUUAGUCUCUUUCCUACAGAAAUCAGGCAAAGCUAAAAAGAUGUUUGGUGGCUGGGACCCUAUAUGUACUGUUGAUGAAGUUAGGUGCUGUUCUGAGCAUUAUUUGUGGUUAUAGACUGGUGUUUUGGUUUAAGUUUGUUUAUGGCUCCGUAGACUGCUGUGUAUUGCUAUCGUGCGGUCGUUACUAAAAUUGGUUUAACUAGAGAAGCAAGGGGUCGGCAACAUUCAUCUCAGGAGGGGUUGUCUAACUCGGUGUUUCAGUGUGUUGCACUCUAAAUUAAUUUUACUCCGGAAUAUCCCUUUAACACGGGUGUGAAGUAAUUUGCGGUCGUCAAGGUGUGAGAAAAUAAAAGCAUCAAAAAGUUUUUGUCAUGUUGGAUUUGAUCCUAGCAGUAUUGCUAAGCUAUUAAAGAGUGUUUAGCCAAGGUCCCUGCAGGAUUUGGAGUACGGAGAGUUUAUCUGAAACAACUGUGUACAGAGAACAGUUCACUGGGGGAAAUUCUACAUUUACAAUACAGAUCCUGAGAAACAGCACAACUAACAAACUAGAAUACAUAACAGACACUUUACUGAGACCUCUCUGCUCAUCUCCUAAACUUUGGUGUGGUCAUUUUACUGUCAGAUCUUACUUAGAGAGGGAUGAUAACUUAAGGUUUGUCAGCAAAACAUAUCAACUCUUCCAAGGUACUGUAUUUGUUCAAACGGUCUGUUUAAUAAUAAUAAUAAUAAUAGUCAACAGAUUUUUUAAGUGCUUUAUCAGAGACCCUCAAAGGGCUUUAUAUUGGAUCCAUCACUCACACAGUCACACACUGGUGGUGAAAAACUACCUUAGUAGUCACAGCUGCCCUGGGUCAGACUGACGGAAACAUGGCUGGCAGUUUGCGCCUACGGCCUCUCCGACCACCACCACACAACACUCACAAUUAUCCACCAGUGGAGGACACACACUGGGAGUAAAGUGGGUUAAGUGUCUUGCCAAAGGACACAACAGACAGACUUGGGAUAGAGGGGAAUCGAACCAACAACCUUCCAGUUAUUGGACGACUGUUCUACCUCUGCAUGUACUCUUCGUUCAGUUUCAGUACACUCCUCCACGUCUGGUACCAUCGGACACACAGCCUACCGGCAUGUCUCCAUGACAGCCGUCUGACACAUCUCAUUGAAAGUGAGAUUUUAGUCAGACCCACUGAGCUGGUAGGCAGGGACUCACACUCACUACUUGCACAAUGACACGGACAGAAGCAGCAAAUGUACUCUGAAGUUAUCCAUUCAUCCACUUUCUACUGCUUAUCCUGUUGGGGGGGGCUGGAGCCUGUCUCAGCAUCUUGGGGCGAAGGCAGGGGACACCCUGGACAAGUCGCCAGUUCAGAAAAAAAAACAUCCGCGCUCACAUUCACAACUCAAAAGUGACCAAUUAACCUAAACCCACUUCUGCGUGUUUUUGGGAUGUGGAAGGAAACCAGAGUAAACCCACAGGAAUGCAAUGACCUGGAUUCGAACCUAGGACCUUCUUGCUGUGAGGCCACAGUGCUAACCACUACACCACUGAAGUUAUUUACCCAAUUAUAAAUACAGAUUCUGAAAUAUAAGAAGAUACUUGUGGAAGUCAAAGAAUUGAUUUAACCGCUUAACUCGAGUAAGAGUAAAAAGUACAAGUUUUUUGAGAGAGUAAGUGUCUCUCUCAGUGUCUCUAAAUGUUGAUUCUGUGCAGAGCGACGACUCCACUGAUGUCAUUCUAUCUUCAGAUAAUGAAGAGCUCAAAAUACUCAAAACUUAGAACUUUAGCCUCGUUGGAAUUGACUGGAUUGGGGGUGAAUUUUCUGGAUAGUCACCUGCCAUGUCAACUGUUCACUGUAUCAUGAUGUGAACCGGCUGGAUAACACAAACAGAUGGAUACGCUGAGCAAUCUGUUAGUUUCAUGCCAAAGAAAAAUCUAAACUUCAAUAAAAUUCAGAUGCACGCAAAGAAAGCUUCAAGUGGAAGACAAAUGGGUGAACACAUGAGGUAGUAAUGGAACUACAACGAAUCAAAAGCCCCAGGGUCCCGUCAAGAUGACAUAUGAAAGCAAAAGCAUGUGUUUAACCCUCAUCUGUGUUUUGUCUGGCUGCAGGUUGAUCAUGGUGCUGACAGGGAAGCGCUCAGAGAAGGGUCCGGCCUGCUGGAAGAGGAGGGUGAAGUCUGAAUACAUGAGGCUGCGACAGCUCAAGCGCUUCAGACGGGCCGACGAGGUCAAGGUUUGUCCGCACACGAGGCCCCUCAUGGUAUCUAGUUACUCACAGAAGUCACUUUGAGGACAUCGCUUUGAAGCUCAUCCACAGCCUUUAAUACCAUCAGAAUGAUUUGCGGUACUCAGCGGUACCAUAUCUGCCUCUGUACACCAGUAAUUACAUGACUGAUUCCCAAACUUUUUCUCUGAUCUGAACAAGAUGAUUACAAAUUUCUUGUCGGAUAUAUUCGAUGUUUGAUUUGUUUAUCAGUCUGCCAUGAAAUUGAUAAUAAUAUAAAGUGCCCCCCUAGGCCACAAACUUUGGGAACCGCUGCUGUGAAGUAACGUCUCGUUGUUCUUGCUGUUUUAGAUAACAUGGACAGUCUGUUUUUGAUCCCUGGCUGGUGUGUUUCUUUCAUCUGUUGCCGUAACUCUGAAUAUGUUUGAUCUCCAACAGAGCAUGUUCAACACCAACCGUCAGAAAAUCAUGGAGCGGACUGACAUUUUAAACCAGGAGUGGAAGACCAGGCGAAUCCAGCCGGUUCACAUCAUGACAUCUGUGGGAUCUCUGAGAGGCACCCGAGAGGUCAGUGGACAAACGUUUCCUCCAGGACACAGAGAUGUUGAAAAACUCUGAAUAUGAGGUUUGAUUAUGAUCGAUGUGUGUCUUCUGCAGUGCACAGUGGACAGCGGGUUCUCCGAGUUCCCCCGGCAGGUCAUCCCCCUAAAGACUCUCAACGCUGUGGCCUCAGUCCCCGUCAUGUACUCCUGGUCACCUCUGCAGCAGAACUUCAUGGUGUGUAUGGACUUAAAAAAGCUGCAUAUAGACUGACUGAAAGGUGUUUAAAUUCAAGUCUGCAGACAUGAACACGGCGAGAGGUGCUGUUGUUUAGAAGUCAGGAGUUUGUAAGGAGAUUAGAAGAUUUACAGCCUUAUCUCUUCCCAUCGGAAUCAUACCUACUGCUGUUUACUGUCUCUCUCAGGUCGGGCCUUUAAAAUCUGUCACUCCUCCAUCACAAGUGUCUCAUUUUACUAAGAUAGAUCUGAAACCUAUUUCAGUCUUGACAGUUUGCAAUGAACAGCAAAAUAUAAUUCAGGGAAGUAAAUGGAGGAUACAUUUCACAGUGUUUUGCAGAGUUUAAUAUUCAUGGACUAAGAUGACUUGCAUGUCCUGCAGUUUAGCUCCUGUCUCAGGAAAGUUCAGUUCUCACAGCAUGUUUUGUGGAAAUGUUGCUUAAGCUGCAAGUUUUCUAAAGCUCUGUGGUUGAAGAUUGACAUAAAUUCUGCAAAAUUUCUUUUCCACCACAGCUUUGUGAGAUUAAUCUAUGUACAUAUAUAUAUUUUGAAAAAUGUUUUACUCACAUUUUGUGCAUUUUUCAGGUGGAGGAUGAGACGGUGCUUCAUAACAUCCCCUACAUGGGAGACGAGAUCCUGGACCAGGAUGGUACUUUCAUUGAAGAGCUAAUCAAAAACUAUGAUGGGAAAGUCCACGGGGACAGAGGUACGAUACGUGUCUUCGUGGCUUAUUGUUUGGGUAAAGUAAUUGGAGGUUAAGUUCAGGUAAAGAUUAAAUGCUGUGUGUGAUGUCGAGUUAAUAAGAUCCCCAAUAACCUACUGUUUAAUGAGAGAAGAUCACAUGACGACCGGAAAGCAGGUCGAAUGUAAAUGUUGGCAUAAACUAGGAAAAUAUCAACAAACACUUUUUGAAACUCAAAUUAAUUUCACUUUGAUGAUGGAGUUUUAUCCAAAAUCAUCUUACUGUGAUGUUUCCCUGCAGUUUUUAUAUCAUAGAGGAGUAAAAGAUUUAUGAGGAUUAAAAGUAACAAAUAUUUGAAGUUUAGAGCUGAUGAGGUUACAGCAGCCUGAAACACUGAGACAGGAUAUUAAAAGUCUGUAAAGUUUCCAAAGCUAACAUGUCAGGGAUCAUUGACACCAGUGAGGUAAACUGUGCUGUAAGACUUCCAUGUUUAAACAUAACCUGCAUCCAUGAAGGAGCAGCGUCAUGUUUUUAAGUCAAAGAAUCAAGUCUUUUCUCAGUCUGUCUGCUUAAAUCUUGACCUCAAAACCACCGAGGAGAGCUGACCAUUAUUCUGCUCAAAGUAUCUGUAUCUGGUGUUUUGCAGAGUGUGGCUUCAUCAACGAUGAGAUAUUUGUGGAGCUGGUCAACGCCCUGUCACAGUACAGUGACAAUGAGGACGACGACGAGGAGGAAGAACAAGACUUUAAGGUGGACAAGAUGGAGAUGUGUGACGGCAAAGAGCACCCUGAGGACUCCCGCAAGGAUGGGCACAUAAACAACGAGAGUGAGUUCUUCCUGGUGAACGUCGUCUCUGUGAGGUUUUAUUGGUGGUGAAGACAUAAACAGACAAAGACGUUUUUUUACUCUGAGUGCACUCUUCCAGACUGCUCUUCAGUUUAGUGAUAUUUAACUAUUUGAAGCUAUGAAGUUCUUAUCUGACAGUGUUUACCCCUUACUUGUGGAUAAUACUUGCAAAGUGGGUAAAAAAGGAAAGAUUGGACUGAUAAGGGGAAAAAUGUUCGUGUUUAACCGCCUAAAGGUUAAAAGGCAAAAUGACGAGAGCUCUACUUUUGAAUUUUAAGACAUGUGAGAGGUUCAAAGUGACAUUUUGCUGUUUUCUUUGUGAUUGAACAGCUUUUAUCAGCUUAUAUUUCUAAGGUUUAGAAAUCCUUUUUUUUGUUUUGUCCUGAUGGAAAGUUUGACCUCGCGUUUGUGUCGUCUGCAGGCCGAACCAACAACGACAGCCACAAGAAGUUUCCAUCUGACAAGAUUUUUGAAGCGAUUUCUUCGAUGUUUCCGGACAAAGGCUCCACCGAGGAGCUCAAGGAGAAGUAAGAGUUUGUUUUCUUGUUUGUGGAUAUAUUCCCUGCAGCUCCCUUUAUCAUCAAAAGAUUCUUAUUCAGUAUCUUUACCUGCACAAUAAACUGUUUCCUCUUACAUCAUGAAAGUGAAGCCAUGCUGAUAUGUCCUGAUAGGGACAGCAGAGUUUCCAGAGAUCCAAACAAGUUAAAAUUUUGUUGUUUUGUGCACUAAUAACAUGAACCGUAUCUGAAACCCCGGCGUUGUUGUUUUCUCUGUGUUCAUCAGGUAUAAAGAGUUAACAGAGCAACAGCUGCCCGGCGCUCUGCCUCCUGAAUGCACCCCGAACAUUGACGGCCCGAACGCUCGCUCAGUGCAGCGGGAACAGAGCCUGCACUCCUUCCACACUCUUUUCUGCAGACGCUGCUUCAAAUACGACUGCUUCCUCCACCGUGAGUACACAGAGGGAGACUUUAGAACUUUGAAGUUCUCGUUAAAUUGAGGUCAUAAAAUCAAACUGUCUGCAAAACUUCAAUAACAUUUUCAACUCUGUGCUCAUCCUUUGCAUGUUUUGUCUCCUCCUUUAGCUUUCCAUGCUACUCCAAAUACGUAUAAGCGCAAGAACUUGGAGAACCUGGUGGACAGUAAACCAUGCGGUAUCGACUGCUACAUGUACCUGGUCCAGGUGAGUCAGCGACGUACAGCAGAGUCAAAUUUUGUGAAGUUAGUCUCUGAAGUAUCUGUUCUCACAAGAGUAAAAUAAGUAGAUGAGUUCAGUUUAUUAUUACGACUUGACUGAGAGUGUUUUUGUGCAUUCAGGAUGGGAUAGUGAACGAUUACCCCGCAGGCGUGGUUUCUGAUCGGGCAAAGACGCCCUCCAAACGAACAGUCGGCCGUCGCCGGGGAAGACUGCCAAACAGCAACAGCCGACCGAGCACGCCGACCGUUUCCUCAGAAACCAAAGACACGGACAGCGACCGUGAAGGCAGCAAAGAAGACGAGCGAGACAACGACAAAGACGACGAUGACAAGAAGGAUGACAACACCAGCAGCUCAGGUAUGAACCCUGACCUGUUAGAUAAAACACAUCCUACCAUCAUCAGCUCUUUUUCUGCAGUCUCUUAAUUUUAUCUCAUGUUUAGUACCGGAGUUCCUCAAAGGUUCCUGGUUAUAUUCCUGCUCCUGUGUGUGUUUAGAGGGAAACUCUCGGUGUCAGACUCCAGUGAAGAUGAAGCUGACGGGUGAAGCUGAAGCCGUCGAUUGGAGCGGGGCCGAAGCUUCUCUCUUCAGGGUUCUCAUCGGGACGUACUACGACAACUUCUGCGCCAUCGCGCGGCUCAUAGGCACCAAGACCUGCAGACAGGUGAGCGCAGACCACCAUUUCUCCUCAAAAUUAAACGUGUUACGGCAGGUUUAGGUCUGAAAAAAAACGCUGAAUAUGAUCGUGGCUGCAGGUUUACGAGUUCAGGGUCAAAGAGUCGGCUAUCAUCGCCCGAGCGCCCACUGAAGACGAGGACACACCGCCCAGGAAGAAGAAGAGGAAACACAGACUUUGGGCCACUCACUGCAGGAAGAUCCAGCUGAAGAAAGGUCAGAGGUCACUGCAGCACAAACUCUUAAUAGAGGAAAGAAAAUGUAAAAAUGUUUAUGAAGCAACAUGAAACAGGAAUCACUAUUUUACAUGAUUUACUUUAGCCUUUAUGGUCGUGACACUAACCUUUAAACACAGUCCUAAUUCUCAAGUGAAUAAAAGGACGUCUGGUUCAGGACAAACUGCAGGAAAUACAUUCGACAAAAUCUUCGUCAGUCAGGAAAAGUUUAUCUGUGAUUCUGGUAAAACAAAAAAGAAAGAGCUUUUUUAUGACUUUGUCAAUCACAAAAACCUCAGCUCCAAACUCUUCAGUUAGUUCUGAAUGAAAACAUCAAACUGCGUCUGAAUGAAUCACAAACCACCUCAAAUCCAAGCUGACUCAUGUUUGAUUCAGAGUGUAGGACAAAGAAAGUUUCAUCUGUUGAUUUCUUUUCACGAUUGAACUGAAAGCGCCGCCAAAGUCAUGAUGAUUCAUCUGCUGAGGAUCAUAAAUACGACAUGUUGACUCUGAAACAGCCAGUUUGAGGGAUUGUGUCUCAUUUUUUUCCUGGAGGAGUUCCUGACAUUUGAGAAGCUGCACAAAAAAAAAAAAAACAUGAACAUGAAACAUCUGAGAAAACUUCAUGAAAGACAAACGAUUUGAUAUCUGCGCCUCAUCUCUGUCUUUAUAGACGGCUCUUCCAAUCACGUGUAUAAUUACCAGCCAUGUGACCACCCCCGGCAGCCAUGUGACUCCUCGUGUCCCUGCGUGACCGCUCAAAACUUCUGUGAGAAGUUCUGCCAGUGCAGCUCUGAGUGUAAGAACACAAACACACAAACACAGACUCACACUCCUGAGUGAAACAGCUUUAUAUCUACAGAGGUGAAACUUACCUCUCUGCUGUCUGGACGCAGGUCAGAACCGUUUCCCGGGAUGCCGCUGCAAAGCUCAGUGCAACACCAAGCAGUGUCCCUGCUACCUGGCUGUGAGGGAGUGCGACCCCGACCUCUGCCUGACCUGCGGCGCCGCGGAUCACUGGGACAGCAAGAACGUGUCCUGCAAGAACUGCUCCAUUCAGAGAGGAGCCAAGAAGGUAAGACAAGGAAUAAACUCCUGACAGUUUUCCAGCUGCUAUAGAAACUGUCCUCCAACACACAUAAGCCUCCCGUUACUUAUAAUAAUACUAAUAAUAAUAAUGAUAAUUUUUUCUCCGUCUCUCUCUGUUUCUCUCUCCUUCUCAGCAUCUGCUGCUCGCUCCUUCAGACGUUGCCGGUUGGGGCAUCUUCAUCAAGGAGCCUGUCCAGAAAAACGAGUUCAUCUCUGAGUACUGUGGAGAGGUAGGACUCCUCGGUCUCUUCUGAAAUCACACAGACAGCAGAGACAUGAAAGUUGUCUGGCUAACUGAAGAUGACCUUUUGUUUAUAGGAUCUCAAUGUUAUUAGGAGUUAAUGCGAUUUUAGAGCUACUUUGAUAACUACAGCUUUGUAAUUUCUGGAUGGAUGACAGAACAUCCUAAAGUUCAAGAAACCAAUCUUAUCUUUGCCCAGAUUCAAAUACUAAACAAAUAAAAUAAAGAUAAUAGGUAAAAAAAUAAGGUAAUUAAAAAUGAGAGAAGGUAAACCAAACCAUUAAGUACCUUUUAAGUGCACUAAAGGUCCAAACUUUAAACACUUGGGUAAAACCAUAAUUUGUUCAUCUGUGUUUGCAGAUCAUCUCUCAGGAUGAAGCCGACCGCAGAGGGAAGGUCUACGACAAAUACAUGUGCAGCUUCCUCUUCAACCUCAACAACGGUACGAACACAAACACCUCAAGUCCAGCCGGUGAUUGUUCAGUGUUUGAUUAAAAUUCCUGAGAGAAAAUGUUUUUUUCUUUCUUUCUCCAGACUUUGUUGUUGACGCCACGAGGAAAGGAAACAAAAUCCGCUUUGCCAAUCAUUCUGUCAAUCCUAACUGCUAUGCAAAAGGUAAGAACGUGAUGUCAGAGUGUUUCUACAGACCAACACUGAUCUGGUGUCGGUAGACCUAUUCUGACUGAUCUGUUCUCUGUAGUGAUGAUGGUGAACGGGGAUCACAGGAUAGGAAUCUUUGCUAAGAGAGCCAUUCAGACUGGAGAGGAGCUCUUCUUUGACUACAGGUCAGUGACACCUGCAGACAGAUCUGCUACUCCCUUAAAAAAAAAAAAGAAAGUUAACUAUUUUCUCCUGCAGCCUGAAGGUCAGAUUAUCUUUGACUUGACGGGUAACUUUUUAUAGUUUUCAUCCACUUAACUGUCCUCUGCUUCUCUCGUCCAUCUCGAGAAAAGAUGAUAAUUUAGCUAAAACCCUGAAAUCAAAGUGUUUCAGGCUCAUGUUACUCUGAUCGUCACCUUCUUAAAUGAUCAUAAAAUGAAUAAAUCAAAAUCAGUCAAUUAAUUAUUGAUUGAUUAUUCAUAAUAAUAAUGAUGAUGAUGAUGAUGAUGAUGAUAAUAGAUAAAUAAAGUAAAAAUAAAGAUAAACAAAGAAAAAAAUAGAUUAAGUAAAAAAUAAAUAAUGAUAAACAAAGUAAAAACAAAUUAUAAAUAAAGUAGAAAAUAAAUAAUAGGCAAAUUAAGUAUAAAAUAAAUAAUAGAUAAACAAAGUAAAAAAAUAGAUAAAGUAAAAAAUGAAUAAUUAUAGAUCAACAAAGUAAAAAAAACAUAUAUAGUAAUAGAUAAAUAAAGUUAAAAAUAAAUAAAUUGUUAUAGAUAAACAUGAUGGUGAUGUUGUAACAACCAAUAAUAAUAAUAAUAAUUAUAUAACGCCACAUAAUAAUAAUACUACAACCUCUUGGCUUUAUUGACCAGUGGAUAGGACAACUUUAUAUUUCAGAGAGAAAAUAAUUAAGUGGAAAUAAAAUAAAAAUAAGUGAUCAAAUGAUCAAAUAAGCUGAUCAAAAUAUGCUGUUGGUUUUUACUCACCUGGUUUGGUUGUCAUGGUACAUAAGUUAUGCAUCAAACAGGAAGUCUUAAGAGAACCUGAAUUUAAGAGACGGACAUUAAAACGCUUUUCUGCGUGUUUUCAGGUACAGCCAGGCCGACGCGCUGAAGUACGUCGGAAUCGAGCGAGAGAUGGAGAUCGCCUGAAUCAGACUUCUACCUCCUGUGGAUCAAUGACACAAAGGCCUUACACACACAAACACACACACACAAACACACACCUUCACUUCAGGAAAUCCAGAAAAUGUUAGAGCGCUUCAGGAAAAACUGGGAAUAUUUGAAGCAGAGUUUUUGAUGCUUUUUCUAAACAAACGCUUUUCAUAUCUGUUUCUGAAUUUUCUUCUCGUGACUUUUCUCCUGUCAACAAAUCUUCCUCUCCUGUCGAGAGGCCGGGACUCAUCAAUCUCUCCUCAGCUGGAGGUGCGCUUCACCUACAAACUGACUUUGUGUUUUCUUAAAUAUCUGAACAUCGACGACGAGUGUGUGAGGGCGAGAGGAAACAAACCCACUACAGCCUGUUCACGCUUCAGGGACCAAAAUCCUCCACCAGCCGCUCUGGUCUCUCUCACACCGACUGGACUCUGUGUGUUCUGUGUGUCACAUGUUGUGCUAACAGUGUGUUUUUCUACGGUGUGAAGUGAACCAGUCACACACUCUCUCUCCUCAGAGUGCCAGAUCACUGUCUGUCUGUAACCCAGGAGGCCGCUCACAGAGCAGCGUCACGCCAAAUCACAAUCAGUACUCUUACAAAAGCGGCGACCACGCCGACACGCCACCGGAUCGUCUGAAGUCUGUAUUUAGUGUUUUUGUUCGUCUGAAACUCAAGGAAGUCGGUUUGUAAGUGUAGUUCAAUCAGAGUUUGUCUUGAGACGACCAGCGAGUGAGUGACAGGUGUCCCGAAGACUUGAUGGUGUGUUUAGAGUCCACUGGAAAAAACAGCUUCUGCUAAAAACACCAGCAAACACGUCUGCAGAGAUCUUCGCCGACGUCCCUCAGACAAAACAUCCUCCAUGUUUGUAGUCUUGGACCCGGUCUUGACUCUGCUCUGUGACGCUGCCUCCUCUUCAGGUGCUAAAACAGAACCAGCACUUUGUCACCACCGCAGGAAACUCCACAAACACUCAAACACACUCGCAGACACACACACUGAAGGUUGGAAAUCCCAUGAGUGUGAGUGUGAGUGGUUGAAGUUUCCUGUGGUGAGAACACGCUGCUCUCCUGUGAGCGGAUCUGCUUUUAAAACUCAACCAAAAACACACAUUCACAAAGGUUCUUCGUUCACGUUUUCCCAGCAGCGCCGUGCUCGACUCACUCUGACUCCGCCCACUCUGAGAUUACCAGAUCCUGCCCUCAGGGGGCGCCACAGUCCACACAAAGUAAGAGAUCCCUAAACAACUCAAACUGGAGAGCGGACCCAGAUUAAAGCGAAAGAUCGCCUGGUUUUCUAGAAUACUUUAAGAACUCAGUGAGAAGAUUUCCUCCGUUAUGAAAACUGAAAUCUGAUUGGAUCGCUGCCUCUCAGUGCGAUAGUGCCCAUGAACGUCCAACAUCCCAGUCAUAUAACUUGAAUUACGCUGCGUUCGAGUUACUUCGGAAGUCAGAUGUCGGAGCUGAAAAUGACGUCACACCGAGUUCCCAGCGUUUUAGUCACCAAGUCGGAAAAAAGCGAAAUCAGAGGUCUGAAACAAGAUGAUCUACGAAAGUUGAUGUAGGACAAGGCAAGCGCUGAAUUAACACGACAGACCACGACACACUUUGAGACGACGACCGUCAUCUGUGCCGGUUUACAUCCAGGUAGUUGAGGGUCAUAGCGUUUAGCUGAGCUACAGUAGAGACACUCCAGGCAUACUAAGCGAAGAGCUGAUCUCUGCAUCCUUCAGGUGGCACAAAAACGUUAAAAUUUCCUCUAAAUUUUCAGGGUUUUGAAAAUUAAAACCUGACAAAAUACAAUCCACUAAAAACAUAGUUAUCUGCGAACUAACACUGCGGGAUGCAAAAGGAGAAAUGGCGAAGAAAGAGUUAACGAUCAGAACUUCCCCACAGAUAUAUUUAGGUUUUUUGAAUGUUGUUCAGGGUUCAUGUUAUUGAUUCGAGGAAGGAUAAACUUAUUGGUACGUGUAGAAAACAUCAGUUCAAGCUUUAAAGAACCGUAUCAAGAGCUCAGAGAAGGAGCAGUCUGAGUCGAGCACAGUGAUGAACUUCUUAUUUAUCUGAGUGAUUUGAUGUUCGACCCCGCGGUGUCCCCCUCUCUGCUGUGCCUUCAGUCCCAAACUAAACACCCACCUACACCCCCUCCCACACACACACACACACCCCCUCUCCUCUCUGUACUUCAGCUGAGUUUCAACCUUCUGCAUGAUGACAAAGUUUUCCAGAAUCUGUAUUUUGAUGCUGCGUUCAGGGGACCUCUGACUUUUCAGUACUGCCUCCUCCAUGUGAUGUCCGAUCGGUUUAAUGUAUCCUGACGCCUUUUGACGAUGUUUCACACUUUGAUUCUUUCUCUCUCUCUCUUUUCGAUGUGAACUCUGGUGCUUUGGAAAAUACUGCAGACUCAACUUGAAGCAAUACCAGCCUCUGUUUUCUCCUUCCUCCUGCUCUCACCUUUCACCUGUAAUUUAUUUAGUGCUUCAGAGACGGUCUGAGGGGACGUCUCGCACUACAGCGAUGUUUGUAACUGAGGGAUCAGAGACGUCAGAGGCUCUCAAACCCGGUGCUUCUCUCGCAGGGCUCAGACUCCUGCAUAUUUAAAAUCAAAUUGAAAGCUUUGGGCUCGAUCUGACGACUUAAGUGUGAAAAUAUUUUUGGGGAAAAGUGUUUUUUUUUUUUCUUUUUCUACAUGUUGUUGAAGAUCCUGAACCUUCACUGCCGUUUGAAAUGAGCCCCCAGAGUUCCUCAUUUCUUGACUUCUCCCAGGUUUGGUGAUUAAAGAACCAGCAACCCUGCAGCCCUCUCAGUGUUUCUCUGUAAGGAAGGGCUGGAUAAGUGAAAAACAAAGAGCCAAUCAGACACAAAGACAAACCUCAAAGUAUCUACAUGUUUCUGAAAAAGUCUUUCUGUUCCUGUGUGGUGAUCGUUUAGGGGGAUAAAAGCUUUUAAAUCUCUCGUUUGGUUCUUUAAAAACACUUUUAAGUGUGACGCAGCUCUGCUGAAGUCUGCACUGUGGGUUAUUUAUCGUUUCAGACGUCCGCCUGCGUUUAAUCCCCCACCCCCUUUUGUUUCUUGUUAAACCAGGACCACUUCUUUCCUCUGAUGAAACAGGUGCUGAUUUUGUAAUGUUUACAGGGAUUUUGUUGUUCAAAGUGAUGCAGAUUAAAAUAUUAUAAAUGGAUGAUGAAUGUUGUCUUCAUUUUCUCUCUAGUACUUUACUUUCUCCCUAGUUUGGGUUUUCCACAUUUCUACGGUGGCCCCAAAGGUCAACUAAAGAGAUUUAAACAACUGAUGUUUUACUAAAUGCACAAACAUUUUAAAGCACACAGAAGCAAAAGAAUUGUGCACUUGCUGAUACAAGUGCCAAAUUUUGUACGAAAGCUUUUUAGCCUCUGAGCCCAACACAGAUAUCGGAAAUAUCUAAUCCAAUCCAUAUAGAGCACAAAAGUUGUUUUUCUGUUAAAAGAUAAAUACAUUCUUGAGACAUAAGAACAACAUUGGUGAUCAAAUGUUUUUUUUUGUCCACUGAAGAGGGUAAAACUGAUUUUAAUUCGUUCACUGAUUAUUACACCUCCAACCUGAUGUGUAAAAUAGAGUAUCAAGACACUUUGUACCUGUACACUCUCAAUAAGGUACUGCACAAUAUAGGUGGGUUUAAAAAAAACAUGAUUGUUUAAAAUUUAAGCAUAAAGUUGUUCACAUUCACUAUACAUCCAGAACACCAGAGGGCAGCGUAUAAAAGUAACCUAACUAAAAAUGUCUGAUUUCCCUGAUGCCAUAAAUCAGCAAAAUCAAAAUGCAGAAGAUCCUCACCAUAGACUGUAUAUACUAUGGCCAACUUUCUGCAAUCUUCGUACGCCCAUAGGCUGUAUCAGGUUUCAAUCAAAGAAAACAUGAACCCCCUCGUAACUUUUAAAAAUUGAGCUGUACAGAAAAAAAAGACUUCAUCACAAACCAGUCUUACAGUAACUACAUGUCAACAUUGCAACCAGAGGGAAAAAUGUAUGUUCUGUGUAAUAAAUUUCUAAAGUUUGUCCACAGCCCCAUAAGCUUUGCUGGAGGAGGCGGGAUUUAUGACCUAUACUGCAGCCCGUCACCAGAGGGUGCUGUAGGAUAAAGGUGACGUGAAUGUGUCUUCCUUCCCAAAACUAGAGGGCGAUAAGGGUCUUUUCAGCCGCGCUGUUUCCCACCCCAUACAACUGUCAACAACAACAGCAGGUCUGAGCAAGAAGAUGGUACACCUUACAGCAUUUUGUGUUUGUCGUACAUGAUUUACGCGCUACUUUUUCUGCAGAUGAGGUGCACGCUACUCCUCUUCUCUGGUGCUUUUGUUCCAGAGUUACGGGGGCAUGGCGCACACACACACAUGCAUUGUCCAAUCAUACCUGGACUACACUGGUUACAUUGAAGAGAAAAUCGAAUUCCAAUCGCAUUAUCUGGGUGUCUUAAUCCGAAUUCUCCGACUCCAAAUAUAAUCAGAUUAUGGGGAUUUAUGACCUAUACUGCAGCCCGUCACCAGAGGGUGCUGUUCUCAGAGUGGUUUCACCCAGCGAGGAGGCAGACGGCGUUCAUUCUAUAUACAGUCUCUGAUCCUCACACAGAGCUGCAUUCAAAAGUAUAAGUGUUUCAUUCAUUUCCGAUAUCUGUGUUGGGCUCCUCGGCUAAAUAGCUUUAGUACAAAUGCGGCGCUCAUAUCAGGAAGUGCACAAUCCGCCUAAUACAGUGAGCAAAGCCUCUCGACUACAUGACC